UGAAACCCAGAGCAAUGUUAAAGAAAUGUCUAGCAAAAGUGGUGUUUUGGUUGUGUUUUAAAAAUUGCCCAAAAACUGUAGAAAUAUCAACUAUUCCCGACUUUUGUAACCGUAGUGCGAGAAAAGUUUUCCGUCAUCUACUAAUUAUAUUAGUUUGGUGAACUGGGAUAGACAAAUAAAUUAGAAAUUGCUUGAAUCCUCCGUUUGGAGAAGGCAAGAUUGAGGAGCGGACAAAAGUUGCGUUGUUUAGUAGUUGUGUUUGUGUGUGUACACGUACCCGCAAAAAAAGGAAAACCUGUAGAAACAGUAAGGAAAUUACGGACAAGAGGAAGACGCAUAAAGCAACUGGGUGUGUAUUUUUGAUCAUUUCCUUAACAUAAACCGCAUAAACACAUCUGCAGAGGUACGAAACGGCAGUGCCAUUUCAUCCCGCACGUUUCUGUAAAACGGUACGUGACAGCGAGCAAAACACGAAAGGAUCAAAGUGAAACCAAAACAAUUCAAAAUGGAGAUAACUGAUGAUCGAGUUUAUGCUGCUGAGAGGAUUAUGAAAAAACGUGUGCGAGCGGGAAAAGUUGAAUAUUUAGUAAAAUGGAAAGGAUGGAGCACAAGGCAUAACACAUGGGAGCCGGAAGAAAAUAUACUUGAUAUACGUUUGAUUGAUAUGUUCGAGCGUUCGUUGAGAGGAAAUUCAACACCUAAACGUAAGAAGAAACCAAUUAUCGAAGAUUCAGAUGACGAUGAUGUUCCGGUUCCUACUUCGAAGCAACCUGUUUUGCCACCUGUGGUAAUUUCAGAACCUGAACCAGAAAUAGAAAAACCUAUCAAAGACUUCAUCAAAAAAGAGAAGGAAGAAAGGCACAGUAAAAAAGACAAAGAUAACGAAACGGCAGACAGUGCAAAGCAAAGCACAACAUCUUCAAAAACAAGUCCUAGCACUGGUGUUUUGAAAGAAAAAACUAUUAACACGGAGAUAGCUGCUUCAUCGUCAACAGGAAAGUCUUCCUCACAAGUACCCAGUCUUAAGAUAUCGAUAUCUUGUGAAAACAAUGACAACGACACUGCUUCAAAUAGUAGUGACGAUCAACCGCUUAGCCACAAGGACUUGGCUGGAACCAAGCGAAAGGCUGAAGUAUUGUCGAAGGAGGGCAAAGUUGGAGUUACAAUCAAAACAUCUCCAGAUGAAGGAAGUGCAGCAAAAAAUCAAAGGUUAGAAGCUCCGUCAACUGUUACUCCAGUAACAUCCGGCGCAAAAUCUGACAUCAAACCUGCGGCACCUCUUUCUCCCGAUACACCUGCGUCACGUCCUGAAUCCAACAUUCCCCUGGAAGAAAAACCUGCUGUGGCUCCAAAUAAUGCUGCACCGGAGGAAAAAGCUCCCAAAAAACCCGCAACGAAUGAUUUCCCCCUGGUUAGCAAUAACAACACAAUCAACAAGCAUCAACUUACUCUAUCGCCCCGUGCAGCUCCUCCACAGCUCUGGUUACCCCGUGCACAAGCCACUGAUCAAGUAGUAAUUACCGAUGUUACGGUAAACUUGGAAACGGUCACAAUUCGGGAAUGUAAAACCGAACGAGGUUUUUUUAAAGCCAGGGACCUGAAGACCGAUAUUUUCAACUAGGAUGAGAGGAGCCUUAAUUCGCAUGUUCGAUACAUUGUGAGCCUAACGUUAAAUUGUAAAUAGCCUUUGCAUUUGCUGAACCAGUUGUGGACUGGAAACAUUUAAUUCAUGUUUUAUUUUGGGUCAAGCUAAUAAUCAAUCGCUGUCUUGGUUCAAGACCCACUCAUUCCAGUUUUGUUCAAAACCACACAUAGGCUCUAGUAUGGAUGAUUGAUUUUAACAGUGAAUAUUUUUAGUACCGAUAUGUAGUGAAUCAAAGCGCUUUGACAUGAAUCAUACAGUCUAAUGGUAGUGAAAUGGAAGACAUCUGAUGACAUUUGAGGAAUAACAGGCAUAUUCAUAUUGAUAUUGAUUGUGGCGAUUUAUCAGUACUCAAUGACGUGACAGUGAUUAUCAUCCAACUAACCUUAAUGAUUUGUAUGAUUAUCACCUGAAAAAGGUGAUGCAAUAAAUCGUAUUAUGUCUGUCACGUAACGUCACGUAGCGAAAAAAAAAAAUCAAUUGGAAUUAAGUAAGUAUCGGAAUCAAACCUUACGAUACAUGUUUAGUUUAUAGUUCAUUUCCUCCAGUAUACAUUACGCAGAAAAAUAGAUUCAAAGCAGAAGCAGAACUGUUAAUUACUUGCAUGCUUGUGUAUUCUAUAAACAAGCAUCGAUAUUUUUACGAGCUUUUAAAACUGGAUUAUUUUAGCAGGCGUUAGUUGUUAGUUGUAACAUCAUAAGAAAAAUUCUAUUUAUUUCACUGUAUUCUAAGAUAACCCAGAUAUGGGUCAUGAUUGUCUGUAUGAAACCCAUACGUUAGCCAUUUAAGAGAAUUAUUUUGGCUUUCACAUUUUGUGUACUCUAGUGUAUCGCGAAACGCGAGCACUUUUCUAUUCACGGUAAAAAUUGUGUUACAGACGCUUACAACACAAGCAGAGAAUCAAAUGUUUCGAAACCAGAAAUUCUCGUUAAUUAUUUAACUAAAUUAUUCGACCAAAAAUUUGUUUAGAUAUAUCUAUAUUUAUGCUUCAUAACAAUUAUUGAAUGAGUGAAGUUUUAGAAUUAGAAAGCCUAAAUUGUGGUCUUAUGUUUGUCAACCGUGGAAAACACAAUAUAACUAGCAGUUCAAACAAAUUACAAAACAAAUUUACAAUAAUUACAGGCACCACUCUAACCGGUUUACAAAAUAUACAGAGAAAGCAAACGUACACAAACCAGAUUAUGCAUUAGCAUGCACAUAUAACAGUACCGAUUAAAUCUUACAUUAUGUAUGUAUUAUUCUUCUAGAUCAUAGACAUUGUUGCAGUAUGAAACAAACAAUAAAGCAAGCAAGUACCCAAUGCAAAAAAUUUCA